AUGUCGUCCGCCGAGACUGGACUCCCUGAAGGAUGGGAGGUGCGCCGCUCCAACACAAAGAACCUCCCAUACUACUUCCACGCCCAGACAAAAGACUCGCGAUGGGAACCACCACAGGGAACAAACCCAGACAAGCUGAAGGCGUACAUGGCUGCCAACCACAGCUCCAAGGGCGUCGCACCGGCAGCCGUCGCAGGUACUGAGGGCAAGAUCCGAUGCGCCCAUCUCCUUGUCAAGCAUCGCGACAGCAGACGCCCGGCUAGUUGGCGGGAACCCAAUAUUACGCGCUCAGUGGAAGAAGCGCGGACGAUGAUCGAGAAUUACCACAAGCAGAUCCAGGCCUACGAGGAGGGAAAGGAGGACCCUAACGCCAAAUCUCUGUCGGAGCUUGCAACCACCGAGUCAGAUUGCAGCAGCGCUCGCAAGGGAGGAGAUCUGGGCUUCUUUGGCAGGGGCGACAUGCAGAAGGAGUUUGAGCAGGCUGCCUUUGACCUGGAGAAGGGCCAAGUGAGCGGCAUGGUCGAGACGGCUUCGGGCGUGCACUUGAUCCAAAGGCUCGAGUAG